AUGGCGUCAAAUAAAUCGACUGAAAUAGAAGAUGCAGCGCUCGACAGUGACGUCGUUGGAUCCAUGUCAGACGAAACUUUCUUCCAGUUUAUUUUCUUCGGCCUGGUCCUUGUACCAUCUGUGGUCAGCACACUCGGCAUCAUCUUCAACAUCGUCAACAUCGUCGUCUAUAUUAAAAUGGGAUUUUCCGAAACUAUAAAUAUCUCUCUUUUCGGGCUGGCUGUAGCUGACGUGGGGGUUCAACUAACGAUGAUCGGGUUCAGCGUCAUCUUCAACCCCAUGGUACUAACGUCAGUAGCCGACAUGGACUUCAUCAAUGCCCUUGACUACGUGGUUCUGGGCUGGCCGCACGUCCUGUUUAGCCGAAUCGUCGCCUGCCUGACCACCUACAUCGCGUUUGAAAGGUUCAUGUGUGUCGUCAUGCCGCUCAAGGUCAAGGUUAUCAUCACGCCCGCUAAAACCGUCGCUGUCGUCACAGGAAUCUUCAGCUCCAUAACCCUAUGCUUUCUCCCUGCCUUCAUCGCUGACCAAAUAGGGCCCAGGUUUAACCCGCGGUUAAACCAAACCACCAUUGGGUUAAUUUUGGCGCCUAACGCUAGUCUCCUGGAAGACGUAAGCCUGUUCAUUUCAGUGUUCAUACAAAUCUCCUCCUUUAUUUUAAUCGUUGUCUUCACCACUGGACUGAUCCGAGCAUUUAUUCGAAAUCUUAAUUGGCGCUACGAAUCUUCAUCUUCUAAAAAUAAAUCUUCAUCACGUGACAAAGCCUUGAUCAAGAUGGUUCUAUUAAUAUCUGUCGUCUACAUAGCAUCCUCGUUCCCGGAUGUGGCUGGGACGGUAGCCAUGUUGUUCAUUAAGGAGUUCAGCAUCAAGGGGAGAGAAAAAAACACUUUCAUCUCGGUUUUUUCUGUUUUCUUCAACAUCUGUUCUCUAAACUCCACAGCUACACUGUUUAUAAAUGUCAAGAUGAGUUCUAGAUUUCACCAAAACUUUUUGGCGGUUUUUAAAUUCAGAUAA